AUGCCCUUCUUGGACGCAUGUAUGCUCAUCCCUCCCUAUCAGAAAUUUCUCAAGGACGCUGUAACCGAGAGAAGAAAAGAGGUUCAGGGCAUGGUCGUUCUUUCUCAGGAAUGUAGUGCAAUCAUCACUAGGAAAGUGGUUGGGAAGAAGUUUGAGGAUCCAGGCAGUUUCACUCUUCCUUGUUCUAUUGGUCCUCUGGCAUUCAACCGAAGCUUAUGUGAUCUUGGAGCAGGUGUAUCUGUAAUGCCACUCACAGUAGCUAAGAGGCUUGGGUUCGAGAAGUAUCAAAAGUGCGACGUUUCCUUGGUACUUGCGGAUAGAUCAGUACGCAUCCCAGUGGGUAUGCUCGAGGACUUGCCUGUGCGAGUAGGAAACGUGGAGAUACCCACUGACUUUGUUAUCCUUGAGAUGGAUGAAGAACCCAAGGAUCCGCUGAUCUUGGGAAGGCCCUUUUUGGCAACCGCUGGAGCUAUCAUCGAUGUUCAGAGAGGGAAGAUUGAGCUAAACUUUGGAGAUGACUUCAAGCUCAGCUUCGACAUCAAGAGAUCGAUGAAGAAACCAACCAUUGAUGGACAGCUCUUCUGGGUAGAGACUUUGGAUCAGUUGGCAGACGAGUAUCUAGAGGAGUUAGCCACAGAGGACCAGCUUCAGCUAACCUUGACUGAGAAAGCGGAGGAAAAGAGCUACUUCAACACCGAAUCCUUGGAGUAUGCUCGACUCUUAGACUCCCACAGAGGGACUGUUCCCAAUGACGUGGUUGAGGAAAUCAUAGGACGCUCCGUGAGAGUUGAGGAAAUCCACAAGGUAGAGGCAGAGCACGACCUCGAGCAACCUUCAGACGAUGACUGGAGCGAGCUCAAAGCCCCAAAGGUGGACCUCAAGACCUUACCAGAUGGGCUAAGGUACGCAUUUCUUGGACCAAAUUCAACUUAUCCCGUAAUUGUGAACCAAGAACUUACCCCACCCCAAUUAACCUCCCUCCUUAAUGAGUUGAGGAAGUUCAGGAGAGCAAUUGGUUACUCUUUAGAGGACAUCAAAGGCAUAUCUCCUGAGCUUUGUACUCAUCGCAUUCACCUUGAUAACGAAUCUAAGGGAUCUAUUGAACACCAAAGACGCUUAAAUCCCAACCUCAAAGAGGUGGUGAAAAAGGAAAUCCUUAAGUUGCUUGACGCCGGCGUGAUCUACCCUAUCUCGGAUAGUACUUGGGUCUCGCCGGUACACUGUGUGCCCAAGAAAGGUGGAAUCACAGUAGUCAAGAACGAAAAAGACGAAAUGAUCCCAACCAGAACCAUAACCGGUCACCGAAUGUGCAUAGAUUACCGAAAGCUCAAUGCGGCGACUAGGAAGGAUCAUUUUCCACUGCCUUUCAUCGAUCAGAUGCUUGAGCGGUUGGCAAACCAUCCUUUCUAUUGCUUCCUUGAUGGCUAUUCGGGAUUCUUUCAAAUCCCCAUCCACCCUAAUGACCAAGAGAAAACACCUUCACAUGUCCCUAUGGAACUUUUGCCUAUAAACGGUUCUCAAGCGCUGCGAGGAGACGAACCUAGUGCUCAAUUGGGAGAAGUGUCACUUUAUGCUUGCUCCACCAAAGACAGUCAAGGACGUGAGAAGUUUCCUUGGGCACGCGGUUUCUAUCGGAGAUUUAUCAAGGACUUCUCCAAAAUAGCUCGUCCUUUGACACGCCUCUUGUGCAAGGAGACUGAGUUCCUGUUUGACGAGGAGUGCCUUAAGGCAUUUGAGAUGAUCAAGACUGCCUUGGUCACGGCCCCGAUUGUGCAAGCACCAAACUGGGACUACCCUUUCGAGAUCAUGUGUGACGCUAGUGACUACGCCGUGGGAGCUGUGCUUGGCCAGAGGAUAGACAAGAAAGCUCCACUAGUCUUUGCGUUCGAGAAGUUCAGAAGUUAUCUCGUGGGUUCAAAGGUGAUAGUCUACACUGAUCAUGCGGCCUUAAGACAUCUGUUGGCAAAGAAGGACACCAAGCCAAGGCUCCUGAGAUGGAUACUUCUUCUCCAGGAAUUCGAUCUCGAGAUUUUGGAUAAGAAAGGGGUUGAGAACGGAGUUGCGGAUCAUCUCUCAAGGAUGAGAUCUGGGAAAAGCGUAGGUUUGGCAGUUCGGUUAGAGCAGUUGAAGGCAGUUGAGGAAAAGGAAGCGCCUUGGUAUGCAGAUUACGCCAACUACUUGGUGUGUGGAGAGGUCCCGGCCGAUCUAUCUCCUUACCAGAAGAAGAAGUUCUUCAGGGACAUCUCACACUUCUUUUGGGACGAACCAUACCUGUUCAAGAGAGGAUCGGAUGGUCUGUUUAGGAGGUGCAUAGCUCAGGAGGAAGUAGAGGAAUACUCGAGCAUUGUCACGGAUCGAGCUACGGAGGUCACUUUGCGACUUUCAAAACAGCUUCCAAAGGUUCUUCAAGCCGGAUUCUGGUGGCCAAGCCUUUUCAAAGACACUCACGACUUCAUUGCAAGGUGUGAUAGAUGCCAACGAGAAGGGAGCAUUUCCAAGCGCAAUGAAAUGCCACAAAACCCGAUACUUGAGGUGGAAGUGUUUGAUGUAUGGGGCAUCGACUUCAUGGGCCCUUUCGAGCCACCUUCUCACGGGAAUAGAUACAUCCUUGUGGCGGUUGACUAUGUGUCCAAGUGGGUCGAGGCAAUCGCUUCCCCAACGAACGAUGCCAAGGUUGUGCUCAAGCUAUUCAAAAGCAUCAUCUUCCCGAGAUAUGGAGUGCCAAGGGUUGUAGCGACACCAUACCAUCCUCAGACAAGUGGUCAAGUGGAAGUGUCGAACAAGCAGAUAAAGGGGAUCCUCAGGACGAUUGUGGGAGUCACCAAGAAGGACUGGGCAGUUAAGUUGGACGACGCUCUCUGGGCUUACAGGACCGCCUAUAAGACGCCAAUAGGAAGGACACCUUUCUCGCUCCUUUACGGGAAAUCGUGUCACCUUCCGGUGGAGAUUGAGUACAGAGCACUCUGGGCAAUCAAACUGCUCAACUUCGACAUCAGGUCUGCCCAAGAGAAGAGGGGUUUCGACUUACAUGAGUUGGAAGAGAUCAGGCUGGACGCAUAUGAGAGCUCCAAGAUUUACAAAGAACGGACUAAGGCAUUUCACGACAAGAAAAUUGUGCCUAAGGUCUUCAAGGUUGGAGAAUAUGCGCUGCUUUUCAACUCGAGAGCUAAGUUGUUCCCUGGGAAGCUCAAGUCCAAGUGGUCGGGCCCGUUUGAGAUUAAGGACGUCCUUCCUUAUGGAGCUGUCACUUUGCUUAACAACAGAAUGGCGAGGAGUUCACGGAACAAUGGUGUCCACAACAAGAGGAACUCUCUCGAGAGCCGCGGCGGAGAAGGCGGAAGGAAAGAAACCGGUGACAGAGGAAGGCUCAGGCAGUAG